GAUUUUGAUAGUUGUGAUCUUCUUAUAGUUGCUGGUACUUCACUACAAGUUCAACCGUUCGCAUCGCUAAUUGAUUAUGUACGCUAUAAUGCUCCAAGAUUAUUGAUCAAUCGUGAAAAAUAUGGUACAGGCGGUGGGUUUGAUUUUGAUGGAAUUUCUUCCCCAGCUCGGAGAGAUAUAUUUUACGGAGGUAGUUGUGAUGAUGGUGUAUUAGAAUUAGCCGAAUUGUUAGGAUGGAAGGAAGAAUUACAAAAACUUCAUAAAGAAGGCCAUGAAGAACUGAAAGAACAAAAUGCUAAAGAUCUGGCUAAAGAAAAGGUUGAAGUUGAUGUUGACGCUUUGGCUGCGGAGCUUGCUCAAAAAGCCAAUAUUAGCGAACAGGAAAAAUCUUCUUCAAACGAAAUCAAUAAAGAUGAUGCAAAAGUUGGUAUCAGUAAAGAGGAGAAAUCGAAUAAAGUUAAUGAAAAUAAAGACGAGGCAAAAGAAGAAACUAAAGAGGAGAAAUCGAAUAAA